AUGUCCAUCAGUAAUAUUAGUUUGUCAGAUCGUAUUUCCGGUUCGUUAUUUGGAUUAUUAUUAUGUGAUUCCUUGGGAGCUGCUGUCGAAGGUCAGUCUCCUGGUUCAUUUGAUCCAGUAAAAACAUUACGAGGAGGUGGUAAAUUUCAGUUAAAGCCCGGACAAUUUACUGAUGAUGGCUCGAUGGCAUUAUGUUUAGCUGUCGCUUUAUUGGGUAACGAAAACGAUACUUCAAUUAUUCAUCCAUCAGUUGUACAAAUGAAUUUAUAUCGACAUUGGUAUGAAACGGGUUAUUUAUCCUCAACUGGAGAAUGUUUUGAUAUAGGAAUGACUGUGCGCACUGCCCUAAGUACAUUUAUUUCUCAUUAUGAUCAAGCUGAAAGUAAUAAAUUAACUGGCACUGCUGCUUACCAUGGGAAUACCAGUAGUAAUGCUUCAGGCAACGGUUCGUUAAUGCGAUUAGCGCCUGUUCCCCUGCUUUAUCAUCGUGAUCCUGUUAAUGCUAUGAAUGAAGCAGUAAAUUCAUCAAAGACUACGCAUGGUUCGCUACUAUGUUUAGAUAGUUGUAGAGUAUACACGGCUUUAAUUAUUGGCUCUUUACAAGGAGCUACUAAAGAGGAGUUAUUGAAUAGUGAUGAAUUAUAUGUUCCAGCUGGUUUAUCGAAUGAUUACUGGACAACAAAAACAACCUCACCGCUUGAACCAUCUGUUGUAGAAGUGAUGACUGGAUCUUACAAACAUUGUAAUCCGCCUCAGAUAAAAGCUUCAGGGUUUGUUAUCAAGACAAUGGAAGCAGCGUUGUGGGCAUUUUAUCACACAAAUUCGUUUGAAGAAGGCGCACUGAAAGCAGUAAAUUUAGGAGAUGAUGCUGAUACUGUUGGAGCAAUUUAUGGCAUGUUAGCUGGAGCUUAUUAUGGAGUCAAUGCCAUACCCAUAGAAUGGAGGGAGAAAUGUAGUUUUCAAGGUCUGGUGCAAACAAUAGCAGACGAAAUAUUAAUACAAUCACAACAGCGAACGGCGGCGAUAGAGCAGAAAUCAGCUUCGUCGAAUAAACCAUCAUUGAAACGAAUAGCUCAAGUACUUUCGAUAUCUUGA